AUGCAUUCUCCGACGCCAAAUAGUGUGAUUUGUGUUCACGAUGUGAUUCAUAGGAGAGUUGGCAGUGGUAGUGAUGAUGUAAAAGUUGUCGAUGUUAAUGUAGAAUGGAAGAAGAGAUGCAAUAACUAUUAUUGGAAGGCACCGUCUUUCUUCUGUAGUCAAUCUGAGAAUGAUUUUGUACUGCUUGGUAAAGUUUCAGAUUUUGAAUCUGAUGAACUCCAUGAUGAGGGUGAAGCAAAACAGAAAGAUAAUGCGCUUCGUUUGGCUCUCACACAGCUUGCUGGUGACUUUGGUAGAGAGUCUAUGUUGUCAUUGCAGAGGUUUUUCAGCUCACGAAGAGCUCCUGUUAUAUCAACAGGCUCGUUGAAGCUUGAUCUUGCACUUGGAAUUGGUGGAUUACCGAAGGGAAGAAUGGUUGAAAUCUAUGGGCGAGAAGCUUCUGGCAAGACAACUCUGGCACUUCAUAUUAUCAAGGAAGCUCAAAAGCUUGGAGGAUAUUGUGCAUAUCUUGAUGUAGAGAAUGCAAUGGACCCUUCACUUGCUGAAUCAAUGGGCAUAAACACAGAAAAUCUUCUCAUUUCACGUCCAGAUUGUGCUGAAAAUUUGCUCAGUGUAGUCGAUACUCUGACUAAAAGUGGGUCUGUAGAUGUUAUCGUGGUUGAUAGUGUUGCUGCGCUUGUCCCCCAACGUGAGAUUGAUUCUAUGGUAGGAGGCACCUUUGAAGAUAUACAAUCACGAUUAAUGACACAAGCUCUUCGAAAGAUCAAUUAUUCAUUAUGCCAAUCUCGAACUCUUAUUAUUUUUCUCAAUCAGGUUAGAACAAGUUUAAAAUCAGGACGUGCUGAAGAGGUCACUUGUGGUGGAAAUGCCUUGAAAUUCUAUUCGGCUGUGCGUUUGAGAAUGAUCAGGACUGGACUGCUCAAGACUGAUGACAAGAUAACUGGUCUUGGGGUGUGUGCACAAGUGGUGAAAAAUAAAUUGGCUCCUGCUACGACAAAAGCUGAACUUGGGAUACAGUUUGGGAGAGGCUUUUGCUCUGAAUCUGAGGUCUUGGAAUUAGCUUGUGAGCACAGUCUCAUCAAGAAAGAAGGAAGCAACUAUGUUAUUGGCAGAGAGGUAUUUCGCAAUGAACUUGCAGCUGAACAGUAUCUAAUAAAAAAUGAAGGGGUUCUCGAUCAAUUAGUUGUACAAUUAAGGGAAAAAUUAUUUCAAAGGAAGGUGUGA